AUGUCCCGCCUUCCUGUAUGUCCGGUAGCCCGGCGGCUUUUGAAGCCCCAUGCUUCCUAUUCAGCAUACAGCACAAAGCCCCCCGCAGAAAAUGCGAAACCUGGUCUCUGCACGGACCAUUUUCAAGCCAGUCUUCCAAGACUCCGCGUGCCUGCUCUAGAGAAGACCUUGGAACGCUAUGUCAAUUCCCAGAAAGCUCUGUUGGAUACCGAGCAGUUGAGGCAUACCGAAAAACUCGUCGCGAAGUUCCGUGUGGAACGCGGACCAGAGUUACAACAUGAGCUGGAACACUACGCCAAGACGCAUCGGCAUACGAGCUACAUCACUAGCAUGUGGUCGGACAUGUAUUUGCGUGAUCGACGGCCGGUAGUGCUCACACAUAACCCGGUCAUCGUUCUCAAGGAUUCCACGCUAGGAUCAGGAUAUCAAAAGCCCGCCAUUCGAGCAACGAAUCUGCUUCAUCAUCUUGUUGAGUUUUGCCGAUUGCUUCGCACAAACUUGUUGGAACCGGAAGUCUUUCACCUUAACCCGGAGAAAUCAAAAACUCCACGUUUUAAUCAGAUAAUGCGAUUUGUGCCCCGGUCGGUGGCCACCUAUGCGGCCUAUCUUUUCAAUGCCUACCCUCUGGAUAUGAGUCAGUAUCCACUCAUGUUCAACACUACGCGCCUACCCGAACCCGAAAAGGAUCGGUUGCUCACAGAUCCUUCUGCCAGACACGUACUUGUGAUUCAUCACGGACAGUUGUACGUCUUUGAUGUCUUUGACGUUUACGGAAAUCCAGUCUCUCCGAAACAACUACUCUCCAACAUCAACUUUAUUCUCUCCCGACCUCCAGUCCCAUCAGCACCCGGUCUGGGCGUCAUAACGACCAUGAACCGAGAUGACGCAUAUUUGGCUCGCGAACGUCUUCUGACCCUGAACAACAAGUCCAAUUUGAAACUAGUGGAUACCGCUUUGAUCGCUCUGGUCCUGGACGAAGAACCUUUGGCAGAUCUCAAGGAAAUGCUACUGAAUUUCCUUGCUGGGCCAUCUGAGUCACGCUGGUUCGACAAAAGUGUCAGUCUUUUAGUGAACGGGACUGGACAUGCGGCAGUCAAUUUUGAACACUCCUGGGGUGACGGAGUUGCGGUGGUUCGCCUGUGUAACGAUGUGUACGAAAAUUCAGAGUCGAAACCUGUUGUCACCGCGGCCGAUUUGCUCAACUCGAAUAAUUCCCUUCCUAGCCCGGAUGUCCGCCGACUGGAAUGGCUUUUGGACGACCACAUUCAGAAUGAGGUACUCACGCCUGCUAGGCAGAAAUACGACGCUUGGAGGCGAUCUGUGAUCUUGCACUUUGUCGAAAAGCAUGACAGCUUGACCAGAUCGUUGUGUAAGGCAGCCAACGUUGGUGCGGAUGCGAUGAUUCAGCUCUGUUUCCAGUCGCAAGCUGACGUUUGUUCAGCUGUAGCACCCUUCCGGUGCCUAACUGCCAUGGCACCCGGAGAAAGCACGAGGGCUAGGAUACUGCCAGGUUGCCCAAGCCUAGACAGGGGAAGUCGAGAUGCGGCAGAGCUCGCAUACAACAUCCUCCAUGAACAGCCUGUGCCCACCUAUGAAUCAUGCAGUACGGCUGCCUUCAAACACGGUCGUACGGAGACAAUGCGCCCGGCGACGGUGGAAACUCGCGCGUUUGUGGACCUGAUGCGACGCGAGCAAGGCGUUGUCACCUCCGGGUUUUCGGACAAACCAGUAGCCGGCUCUGUCACACAGCAGCAACUUCAAAAAGCGCUUGAUGACUGUUCGAAAAAACAUGGGAUCCUGACGAGGGAAGCGGCUAUGGGGCAAGGCUGGGAUCGUCAUCUGUUCGCCUUGAAGCACUUUGCCCAAGAGCAGUUGGGUCGAACGCUGCCCGAUUUGUUUCUGGACGAGAACUACGCAUUCAUCAACCGUCACACGCUAUCGACCAGCACGCUUGCUUCGCCGAAUUUCGCCGGUGGAGGAUUCGCCGCUGUGGACCGCGAUGGUUACGGGGUGGGAUAUCGACUCAUGCCGGACAGUUGCGGUGCUGCUGUAACCUCUUGGAAAGAUUCAACACGCGUCAACGCCGCCGAGUUUUGCGACGCGCUCAACAUCAGCAUUGAUCGAGCUUGGCCAAGCUGGCAGUAUCCAAGCCCUCGUGCUUCCUUAUGGU